AUGUCCCUUCGCAGUUUAAUCCAGCAGACAUUGCGUCCCGUGGCUGCGAUCUUCAUCGCAAGACGUGGCGUACCGCAUCGAGUACAUUCCGACAACACGACGAACUUCGUGGGAGCCAGGAAUGAGCUGAGAAGUCUUCAGAGGGCCCUCGAGGAUCAGCAGUCGCAGUUUCAACAGUUCGUCGAGCACCACGAGCACCGCACUUCGGCGGUUUACGCGUCCCUAACCGAAGCCGAGGUCAGGGCUUAUCUGGCGGACACCGAGGCCGUGCUCAAUUCCCGGCCUCUAACUCCAACCAGCACCGAUCCCAACGAGGGGGAGGCGCUCACUCCAGGGCACCUGCUAAUCGGGCAGUCCCUUCGUUCGCUGCCGCAAGGAUUAGAGCCAGACGCACCGACCAGAGGUUUGAGGUUCUCAAAGAGGUGGCAACUGCUAUCCACGCUCAGACAGCGGUUCUGGCAGGCGUGGUCCAAGGAAUAUGUCCACAGCCUUCAGCGCAAAACCAAGUGGCAAACUACAUCGCCCAAUCUGGAGGUCGGAGCCUUGGUAAUCAUCCACGAGGACAACACUCCACCCCAGCGUUGGAUUACCGGCAGGGUCAUCAGCGUGGUGGCAGGGGCCGAUGGCAAAAUUCGAGUGGCCGAAAUCAAGACCGCUACAGACGUAUUUAAGCGUCCUAUCCAGAAGCUGGCUGCACUCCCAUUAUAUUGA